AUGAAUAGCAGUUCCUUUUCAGGAGCAAUAUUAAAUUAUUGGUACCACAUCGAUGAACAAUCAGGCACUCAUACAAAUGCUUCAAUUAAAACAAACGAUACCGCAACCUCAAAAUUAAGCAAAUUUAGAAAAAACAGCCUUCAAAAUGAUGAAUCAUCUAAUAUCAACAAUAAUGAUUUUGAGCUUUAUAAUAGUUUUUACAGUAACAAUAUUACUACAAGUAAUUUUGAUAAAUGCGACUCUAGAAUCCAAGAAGAUGAAAAUCAUACUCCAGUUGAAAAUGCUACCAAAAAAAAAAAAAAAAAAAAUCUAAAAAAAUUAAAAUCAUUUGUAUUUUUAAAAACAAAAAAUAUCAGUCUAAAAAAAAUAUUUUUUCUAAAUCUGUUAAACACAAGUAUAUUACUUGUCAUCCAAAUUUUGUUACUAUUUGCCUUUAACACUUGCAAUGAUACUUUUUUAGUUAAUCGAAGAUGCUUACCACAAUUCAGGUUUGAAUUUAUUGAUCAAACUAAUUUUGCAAAAGACGUAUUGGCUUCUGCAAGGGACGUCUUUAAAGCUGUCACUUUUUUGGCAAAUGAUAUGUCCGAUAUUGAUUUAAACAAUAAUUAUAACUUUGAUAAUGAACACAUUAGUCUAAUUGAUUUUGGAAAUAACACAGAUGCAAAUAUUCUUGAAUACUAUAAUACUAAAGAAAAAAACCUCAAAAAAUCAGAUAAACCCAAAUCAGAUAUUGAUACAUUUAGCACAGACAAUCAAUACGAAAUUAGCUUUUUAAGCUACUGCAGGAAGAAAAAAAUCAAUACUGAAGCCGGUAGAAAUAUUUUUAAAAAUUCAAAAAAUGACAAAUUUUGUACCGAUUCUUCCAGUGGUGUUGAUAUUGUUUCUACCUUAAUUAGGGACUCUGGAAUACAAAUCGGUGAAAUAACAAAAAAUGAUGAUUUAAAACUAAUGGGGGAUUCUUUCGUUUUGGUUUAUGAAAUCUCCUUAAUGAAUGCUAAGAAAUUGAAAAAAUUAAAAAAUAAUAAUUUGAAAAUUGAAGCUGAUGAUACAGAAAAAUCAAAUUUAGAUGAUGAUAAAAUGAUUUUAGAAGAGGGAGUAUCUAAAGCUUUAUUGUUGAGAAAAAUCAGCAGAAUACUACCUAAAUUACUUGAACUUCAGUUUUUCAUAAUAGUUUUGAGCAUGCUUAUUUCGUUUACUUACUUGGUUAUUAUUUUUUUUAAUCUAAAAGUUUUUAAUAAGGAUUUAAAUCAGAAUGAACUCGAUGAAAAAGUAGAAAAACAACAUGGUAGAAUAAUAAAACUAUUCAUGGGUAAUCGAAUCAAAGCUCUAAAACUAUACUUUAUAGCAAGCUUGGUAAUUACAGCGAUAAAUUUUGCUGUUGCUAUAACACUAUUUGAAUAUAUCAGAAAGUUGAGCCUUUUAUUGAAAGAUAAAAUAGGUCUCGCAAUAAUCAAACCUGGCGAAGGAUAUUUUCUUGUUUGGGGUUCUUUCUCGGUUAGUUUUUCAUUAUUUUUUAUGUUUUUAUUUUUUUUAUUUAUUAAAUGA